AUGGAUGCCGAAGGUAAAAAAGUGCUUGUAUGCGAUAAUGGCACUGGUUUUCUAAAAUGUGGUUAUUGUACAUCAAAUUUUCCUGAUUUUGUAUUUCCAUGUAUGGUUGGACGACCAUUGAUUCGUUCUCGUGCAAAAGUAAAUAAUAUUGAAGUUCAAGAUAUAAUGGUUUGUGAUGAAGCACAAAAAGUUCGACAAAUGCUUGAAAUAAAUUAUCCCGUUGAAAAUGGUAUUGUAACUAAUUGGGAAGAUAUGAAACAUAUAUAUAGAUAUUUAUUUGGUCCAAAAAAAAUGAAUAUUAAUCCUAAAGAAGCAAAAAUUCUCUGUACUGAAGCACCACUUAAUCCAAUCAAAAAUCGUGCUGAAAUGUUACAUGUUAUGCUUGAUGAAUUUCAAUUUCAUGAAUGUUCAUUAGCUUAUCAAGCAAUUUUAACUUUAUAUGCUCAAGGAAUUUUAACUGGUGUUGUUGUUGAUAUUGGUGAUGGUGUUACACAUGUUUGUCCUGUUAUUGAUGGAUUUUGUUUACAAAAUUCUAUUGCAAGACUUAAUAUAGCUGGAAGAGAUAUAACAAGAUAUUUAAUUCGUUUAUUACUUCUUCGUGGGGUAAAAACAACAAAAAAAAAGAAAUAGUUGAUUUUUUUU